AUGGCCUCAGCAAGUGGCGCGCCCGUCGCUCCAUCACCACCAGACGCGCCCGACGCUCACGCAUUCGCCAUCGGCACCGCCGCCACCCCGGCCGCCGACGACGAUGCCGCUUCCAUCAAGUCCCGCCACACGCUAAAGACGCUCGGCGGCGCCCAACGCUCCGACUCGUCCAUCUCCAUCCGCCUGCAUCACUCCCCAGAUGAUGAUGAUCAAGACGACCCCUGGCACGCUCAGCAGGGACGCCCAGGCGCACCGCCACCAGCUGCCCCCGUCCUCGACCCGCUAGAACGCCGCCGGCUCCUGCUUCGCGCCGGCGGUCAGCUCCUCAUCCUCUUUGUCGUCUGCCUCGUUGGUCUCGGAGGCACCCUGUGGCUCGCGCUGCCUGUCAUUGACGACGCCGAUCGGCCAGCUUUCAAGAUCCCACGCUCCCUCGAACAGCUCAAGGACCUCAACCGCGUCCUGCAGCACUACAAGUCGGAAAACUUUGCCCAGGUCAUGCUCUGCUGGUUUAUCGUCUACAUCUUCCUUCAAGCUUUUUCCAUCCCCGGCUCAAUGUACAUGAGCAUCCUGGCCGGUGCUCUCUGGGGCGUCCCCAUCGCUCUGCCUCUGGUCUGCGCCUCGGUCGCCACCGGCGCUACAAUCUGCUACCUCAUCAGCAAGUUCCUGGGCGUCGUCUUGGUGGCUCUGCCCAGCUGGAAGGCGCGCAUCGACACCUGGAAGGACAAGUUGGCGCAGCACAACGACAACAUGCUAUCCUACCUCAUCGUCAUCCGCAUGAUGCCGCUGCCGCCGCACAACGUCGUCAACCUGCUCGCCCCGCACCUGGGCAUCGACAUUGGCCUCUUCUGGCUGUCGACCUUUUGCGGCAUCUUUGCCGUCUCGGUCAUCCACACCACGCUAGGCGAAAAGCUCGACGAGAUGACGAGCGCCGACGACUUCAACCUCCUCAGCCUUCGCAACGUGCUUCUGCUUGGCGGCGUCUGCGUCGCCGUACUCAUCCCCGUCGUCGUGCGCAAACUCAAUGGCUCCGAAGCGCUCGAGGAGCCCGAGGAUGCCACAACCCACGGACCGGUCCGCCUCGACGACGACGUCGAGGAUCGCGACGAGUUGCCGCCGUCGUUCCUCGGCCGCAACCGCAGCCUCAUUGGCCGCAGCCGCAGCGAUGCGCGUUACUCGGACGACGACGGCGGCGACAACAGCGACGACGAGCUACCGCCGAUGACGGGCCUCCGCAUCGACGGCGUCGACGAGCAGGACGACACCGUUUCCGCAUGGCGCGAUCCCGCGCUGGGCUCGAGGAUAGGCGAGGACGGCUUCCGAGAGGACGACGCCUCGCCGAUGUUUGCAGAUCGAAACUCGACCGCACGGACCGCGCCGGCGGCUGGAUCCGUGGGCGAGCGGAUGCGCUCCUGGUGGUCCAAGGGACAAUAG